AUGGAAACUUCAUGCCCAAAUUCACCCUUUGAUGAGGAACAUUUUGAGUUUGUUGACUACACUGCUGCAUCACAAUGGGAACGUUUCAUUACCACCGUAGAAGAAGUUUUAACUGGGUGGGGUGUCAAUGACGGGCAACUGGGAAUAUUUGAUGAAUCACGUUUAUCACCUUUACAUGAUAAAAUUUACAUUAAAAAAGUUGGAGGAAUUGAUCCUUUUGUCAAAAGAGAAACAAUCAUUCUUGAUGAUAACUCCUAUACCUUAUCAUAUCACUAUCAUCCAAUAAAUCAAUUUCUUCCAUUAACAUUGCCAAAUUCUUCUAGAGAUUUAUCUUCUGUCAAAUUAUGUGAAAUUCAUCGAUGGACUGGUUUAACUCAUAUAUUGGUUCUAUCUUUGUCUGAUAUGUUUUCUUUCGACUCUAUUUCGAAAUCUUCAAAAAUAGAUCUUAGCACUACUAAAAUGUUGUUAUCAUCUUUUGCGAUUGCUUUUCAUAACAUAAAAUGCAAACUUCCAGUUUUUGUUCCAACGGGUGGCCUUUAUAAUAACCCUUUAUAUACAGGAUACAUGUGCCUAUACAAGCAAGAAGACAAUAAUGAUGCUAGUGAUCUUAGUGAAGCAGAAAUAAGAUUUAAUACUACUUAUAUUCGUGAUGUUACAAAAUAUUCAAAUUUAGAAAGUUUGACCAAAUUAUUCAUUGAGAAAAUGGAUUUAAAACAAUUUUCACUUGAUCAAACUGCUAUUGAACAUGAAAUAGAUAAAAUACCACAUCUUGGGAUCACCGUAUCUGGCCUGUUUACAUACGAAUUACAGAAUUUGGAUGCUCAUGAUUGGAGAAGAAUUAUUUAUGAUUAUGAUUACGUCACUUCAAAUCGGUUAUCCAAUAAUAAGGAUUUGACAUUAACUUUUGGUCCUCAUAAAGAUCCUCUUGAAUCAAUGUUGCUGGCUGCUUUUUUCCCAUCUGCUUCAAAUAAUUCGUAUUUGGAUAAUGAUGAAUACUCAGAAAUGGAUGCUGUCAAGGCUCAAAUAUGGCUAUUGAGUUGUAAUUUUUCACAGGAUGAUUCGAUACCUAAUUCUUAUCUUACAAGUGUUUUAUCCGAGGUUACAACUUCUUGGUGUGUGGAUCUUGAUAAAGGAAAUUUGUAUGGAACAAAAUUUUUUCACAAAGGGGAAAAACAAAAUCAAAUUUAUGAGUUACCUGGGUCUUUUAACAAUUAUGAUUUAGACUCUUAUAAUAUUAAAAAAACUGUUCCAUAUAAAUCUUUUCUAUGGAAUCUUCUUGAAUGUUUAUUGGAAACUAUUUCUCCCGUAUCUAAUUCUCGUUAUUGUUCUUUUUUGGGAUUUUUGAAAAUUUUAUGGACCGAAGUAUUGAAAAAUAUUCGUUCGAACUGGGAGAGAUUUGAAUUGAUUCCUGAUGUCAAUAUUUACAAUUUAUCUGAAUUUGAUAUUGAAUCAUCCAGUCAGAAUAAAUCAAAUUUACAUAAUAGCAAGAGCGCUGACAAUGAUAAUAGUAGUAAUGGUAAUAGCAAUGGCAAUUAUGGGAUUUCAAUUGAAAACGCUAACAAAAAAUCUAUUGUACGUCUUUUUGAACGUCUAACAGAAAAUGCAGCAUCGCCUACUAAUGAAGAUGAUUUAGAUUUUUGCGACAAUUUGGAAAAUUCACUCGCGAAACCUUUGAAAAUUCCUCCUACCCGCAAAACACAUCAUAUUAAUAGACCAAUUUCAAAUCACCAUCGUUCACCGUCUUCUCUCUCAAAUGUUCAUUCAUAUUCUCCUACAGCAUCAAUAGUUUCUGAAUUAUCCGAUUCAAAUCUCAAUGGUCCUUCCUCUUUAACAGAAUCAUUUAUUGAUAUUAAACUCAAUUACUCCUCAAGUAUGGAUUCCAACCAAAGUUAUGAAUAUUCUGGCAAAAAGGCUCGUAAAGAUCCAGUAAAAGUAAAUCAUAAUAGUAUUCAAUAUGGUACGGAAGAGGAAGUAAAAGAUGAAAAUGAAAGAGAAGGCCAUAUUCAUACACACAAUGGUAUUACCUUAUUAAAAACAGGCGAACAAAUGUGGGUUCCAGGAACACAGGAUCUUGGAUUCAUGACUGAGGAUAUGUUGUAUGAACAGGAACAAUUACUUGAAAAAUUGGAAACAUCAGAACGCGCAAAAUUGCAAUCAGCUCAUCUAAAAUCAGACAUGCAAGCUUUCAAGGCUGCAAAUCCGCAUGCUAUCUUGGAAGAUUUUAUUAGAUGGCAUUCACCAAAGGACUGGAUCCCAGAUGAUAGUGGCGACCCUAAUAAAGGAAAACUUAGCCCAAGGAUGAUGGCAGAAGGAAAUCUUUGGCAGGAACUUUGGAUGUCUGCAAAAAGAGUUCCAGUAAAACGUCAAAAACCUAUUUUCAAAUAUAAUGGAGAAGCAGAAAAGGCGUUACAUUAUUUAGAACAUUUACAGAUUCAUGAAUUAUUUAUACAAGACAUCAAACCAGUGGCGUCUAGUAUAUCAAAACUAGCACAAGAGUUGAUUAGAUUUCCGUGGAAUGAUGUAGGAUUAGAGUAUGAGGCAUUUAGUGAAUUGAUACGUUCUUUUAAAGAAAUUGAAAUGUUAAUGGGUAAAGCAUUUUCACUUUUACGUAAGUUGCCUAAACAAUACCACUUGAUAGAAAGACUUUUAGAAACACCCGAAACACAAGUUUUAGAUGGAGAAGAACGUGAUUCUGUCUAUAAUUUAUUCAUGUGUGGAGAAGCUCGAGUUAGCGACUUAUUCCCUCAUCCUACUACACGCGAAUUAGUUUUACAAGCAACGUGUCUUAGACCUGGUCCAGUGCCGUCUAGAAUGUACGUUUCAUUGAAUAAUGAUGGUAUGAGAAUAGUUGAUAUGGUAGGAAAAGAUACUGUAUUUAUGUAA